GGAGUAAAGAUGGCGCGCGGGGGCCUCCGCCUUCAUUUCCCGGCUGAAGCCCUCCGAGGGAGGCGGCGGCGGCCACACCAGGCUACCAGCGUUCUGGUGGUGGUAGUUUUGGCAGCAGCUGCGGAGGCUCGAGCCAUGGCGGAGCUGGAGCACCUGGGAGGGAAGCGGGCAGAGUCGGCGCGAGCGCGGCGGGCUGAGCAGCUGCGGCGCUGGCGGGGCUCGCUGACAGAACAGGAGUCCGCGGAGCGACAAGGCACGGGGCGGCAGCUGCAGACCAGACGCGGGAGCCCCAGGGUCCGCUUCGAGGAUGGUGCGGUCUUUCUGGCUGCCUGCUCCAGCGGGGACACGGACGAGGUGAAAAAGCUUCUGGCAAGAGGUGCGGACAUCAACACGGUCAACGUGGACGGUUUGACAGCCCUGCACCAGGCCUGUAUUGAUGAAAAUUUGGACAUGGUGAAGUUUCUAGUGGAGAACAGAGCCAAUGUAAACCAUCAAGACAACGAGGGCUGGACUCCCCUUCAUGCAGCAGCUUCCUGUGGUUACCUCAACAUAGCGGAGUAUUUUAUUAGCCAUGGAGCCAGUGUGGGUAUUGUGAACAGCGAGGGUGAAGUUCCUUCUGACCUUGCAGAAGAGCCAGCCAUGAAAGACCUUCUUCUGGAACAAGUAAAGAAGCAAGGCGUUGACCUGGAGCAGUCAAGGAAGGAGGAAGAGCAGCAGAUGCUGCAGGAUGCCCGCCAGUGGCUUAACAGUGGGAAAAUAGAAGACGUGAGGCAGGCUCGCUCCGGGGCCACAGCCCUGCAUGUCGCUGCUGCCAAGGGCUACUCUGAAGUCCUCAGACUUUUAAUUCAGGCUGGCUAUGAGCUCAAUGUUCAGGACCAUGAUGGCUGGACUCCUCUUCAUGCUGCCGCACACUGGGGAGUGAAAGAGGCUUGUUCUAUCCUGGCAGAAGCACUCUGUGACAUGGAUAUCCGGAACAAACUGGGCCAGACGCCAUUUGAUGUGGCUGAUGAAGGUCUUGUGGAGCACUUGGAGAUGCUUCAGAAAAAGCAAACUGUGCUUCGAAGUGAAAAGGAGACACGGAAUAAGCUCAUUGAGUCAGACCUGAACCGCAAGUUUCAGAGUGGACUCUUUAAGAACAAGGAGAAGAUGCUUUAUGAGGAAGAGAGCCCCAAGUCCCAAGAAACAGAGGAAGAAAACAAAGACUCGAGCAGCUCCAGCUCAGAGGAAGAGGAAGGAGAAGAUGAAGUUUCUGAAUCAGAAACUGAGAAGGAGGCAGAUAAAAAGCCAGAAGCCACUGUCAACCAUUCCAACUCUGAAAGCAAGAGUCGUAUCAUGGAGCAGAUCCCAGCCCCAGCUCAGAACACCUUCUCUGCCUCUUCUGCUAGGAGAUUGUCCAGUCUUUUCAACAAGGCAGAAGAGCCCAAAGACGAAUCUCCUUCUUCAUGGAGACUGGGACUCAGAAAAACUGGCAGUCACAAUAUGCUGAGUGAAGUGGCUAACUCCAGGGAAGCCGUUCGGGAUCGAGGCUCCUCCAUCUACCGAUCCUCCUCAAGCCCUCGGAUCUCAGCUUUGCUGGACGACAAAGAUAAGGAUAGAGAAAACAAAAACUACUUUAGUACGCUGGCACCCCGGAGGCUCAGCAGCACAGGUGACAUUGAAGAAAAGGAGAACAGAGAGUCAGCUGCUAAUAUAGUGAGGAGUGGCUCCUACACCAGGCAGCCGUGGAGGGAUGAAGCAAAGGGAAGUGAAACCCCACAGACAAUUGCUCCUUCCACUUACGUGUCAACUUACCUGAAAAGGACUCCUUACAGAUCCCAGGCUGACUCGGCAGCAGAGAAAACAGCAGACGAUGUCUCUUCGAGCACUCCCCUGUGUGUGAUCACCAAUCGCCCUGCACCCAGCACUGCCAAUGGGGUUCCGGCUGCCACACUGUUCCCCUCCGCUGCAACAGACUCCUCUGUGGAAGCCCGGGAGAAGAGGAGAUCGUAUCUGACUCCUGUACGGGAUGAGGAGGCAGAGUCUUUACGGAAAGCGCGCUCCAGACAAGCUCGGCAGACGCGACGGUCUACUCAGGGUGUUACCCUAACAGACCUUCAAGAAGCAGAAAAGACUUUCAGCAGGUCGAGGGCAGAGAGGCAAGCUCAGGAGCAGCCUGGUGAGAAGCUUGAAGACCCUGGUGGGCUUGAAGGGAGUACCAAGAAGCAGGAGCUUUCAGCUGCACCAACAAAGGAAGCUGGAGAGGGCCGGCAACCUUGGGGCCGGGGUCUGGAGGAAGAGCCUAUCUAUCAUCGCCUAAGGUGUCCAACUCAACCAGACAAACCCACAACACCGGUGUCUCCUUCCACGUCAAGACCCUUACUCUACACUAGUUCUCAUCUACUCCGGACAAGUAGAGCUUCAGACCCUGAUUCUGAGAAUUCAGAGACCACCACAGACGCUACAGCUGCAAGGGAAAUGGACAAGAAUGAGAAAGAAGGAGCUGAUUUGGAUGAUCAGUCCUCUAACAGGCUGUCUCUCCGAGAGAGGAGGCGACCUAAGGACAGGCGAAGAGGCACAGGCAUUAACUUCUGGACAAAUGACGAGGAUGAAACAGAUGUCUCUGAAGAGGUCAAAGAAACAUGGCAUGAAAGACUUUCUAGGUUGGAGUCAGGAGGCAGUAACCCAAGCAGCAGUGAUUCUUACGGUGACCGAGCCUCAGCAAGAGCCCGUCGGGAGGCCCGGGAGGCUCGCCUCGCCAGCCUGACCAGCCGGGUAGAAGAGGACAGCAACAGGGAUUAUAAAAAACUCUACGAGAGUGCCCUGACCGAAAACCAGAAACUGAAAACAAAACUUCAGGAGGCCCAGCUAGAGCUAGCCGAUAUCAAAUCCAAGCUUGAGAAGAUGGCUCAGCAGAAACAGGAGAAGACCUCUGACCGGUCGUCGGUGCUGGAGAUGGAGAAACGGGAGAGGAGAGCAUUGGAACGGAAGAUGUCGGAAAUGGAAGAAGAGAUGAAGAACCUUCACCAGCUAAAACAGAUUCAAACCUUGAAGCAGAUGAACGAGCAACUGCAGGCUGAGAACAGGGCCCUGACCCGAGUGGUGGCCAGACUCUCCAAGUCCAUCGAGUCCUCGGACACCCAGGAGCUCUAGCUAUUGCCUUUCCUCUCCACCUCACUUCCCUCCUCCACUGCUCCAGGCAGGUUUACUCCCCUUGUUGGUCCCAGAAGCCCAGCACCUAUGCCUUCCAUCAGAGCCUCCGUGUCCAGGUAUCUGUAAAACUUGUUACCUGGAGACGGAGCAGGACUCAGACCGUCUAAUGGGACGUAAGCACCUCAUUCAAGGGUGGUAGUGGGGAGGCUUGUCUGGGCAAGCAGAGUGUCAUGUUAAAGGGGCCACAUUACCUUCUCUUCCUCUAGAGACUGAAUGUAGAUUCAUUUCCUCAGCUGCACAUAGAUACACAGCUGUGUAUAUUUGCCUGUGUGCAUACAUGUACACAUAUUUAUUUCAUUGAUGGGGUCUUUGUCAACCUGAGAGAGAGCUUUCUCAGCUAACAGCAACCCAAAUGCACCUGUACCAGUUAGGGCCUGGGAUAACUGAGGGCAAGAAUUCUCAAACCUGACUGCAUGUUAGAUCCAUCUGGGAGCCAUUACUAUACACCGUGUCUGGGCCCUUUCCAAAUGCUCUAUUACUUGGAUUGAGACCUGGGCCUCAGUAUUUUUCUAAAGCUCCUCUGUUGGUGUAUAUGUGACCAUACUAGAGAACCACAGCCCAUUGAAUACCAGAUGGAACUUAAUCCCCUUGAACAAGUGGCAGCGCUGCUGGAUGGAAAGGACUGGGCUGAAAGGCCAGGCUCCCCUGACCCCACCUCUGCCGCUAGCAGAGACCUCCUCCUUCCCACCGCUGGGACAGAGUUAGACAAGCAUUCUUCGCCUCCUUCUGUAAGUCUUUGCCUUCAUCCUCCUCUUUCCAAAACAUUUGUCUCAUUUCCCUCCCAAAUCUCCUGGCUCUCAGGAUGUAUCCCUCCCUGCCCUGAGUAUGUGGGCCUUGAGGCAGAACGUACGCAAUAUAAAUGAGCCUUCCUAAUGGGUUUGGCUUUGCAAAGGAGAUGGUAAGCAGUGGAGCAGAGCAGGAUUUAUUUUCAACUGAAAACUACCCCUCAAAAAAAUGUGUUUGGCAAACUAGAACCUUCCUCUGGCUGUGGAUCUGAAAGACAAGCUCACACACAGUUUGUUUCCCCAUCCCAAGAUAGUGUGACAGGGUCACCACUUCCCUGAAAUGAGUUUUUGAUUUUCAGCAACAAUCUAAUUAGUCUUGACUGGAGCCUCUCCUUUUUUCUGCCUAUUUGCAUUUGCCUGUAGGAUCAGCAGCUGGCGAUGAAUACCCACGAGUACUGCAGCACCCAAAUUACCGUAAGGGCUGAGCUAGUGUCCUGCUACAGAUGCUCUCCCAGGCAGAAAGAGAUGGAAAGGGGUGUGCCGCCACGACAGGGCAGGGAGCAGCCAGCAGGAGGUCCAAACUGUUUCAGAGUUAGCCUCAAAAGUCCUGAAAGGAUGCUAACAUGUAGCUCUGUGGUGGAGCAUGUGCUUAGUGUGCACCAGGACCCUUGGUUCAGUCCUAGCAUGCAUGCACACAGGUAGAUACAUACACUCUAGGAAAUUUUGACUUAGGGAAAAGUAGAGGCCCCCAAAGUCCCAGUUAUUUCUGUUUUCCCAAUUUGUUGCAAGACAAUGUAGGAUAUGGGGCAAAAUUAGAUCUCAACCUUUCAGUGGUUAAUAACUGUAACGCUUGGCUGUUAUUAAAGCCUGUGCUGAGUGCACUAUGUUUUUCUGAUUGGUUCCUCAGCACCAUUGUAUACAUUUUACAAAGCCGGUUACAGAAUCAGAAACAAGCCCAAGUCCCUUGGGAAGUAAAUGGUUGAACAAGAAUUCAAACACUGUUAGAUUCCAGGAUCUGCACCCACACCGCGUGAUACAAUCCACCUGCACAUUUGCAGUCUUAACCAUUCAUUAAGCAACUACAGCAUUACAUCCGAGAGUAACAGACAGACGUCUAUCUUUUCAGUUCUCUGACUUACUUAAAAGGCCAGUUUCAGCCAGGUGUGGUGGCACAUGCCUUUAAUCUGAGCACUGGGAGGGCAGGCAGGCAUAUCUCUGUAAGUUUCAGGCUAGCCUAGUCUACAUAGUGAGUUCGAGGACCGCCAGAACUGCAAAGAGACAUCCCAUCUCAAAAAAAAAAAAAAAAAAAAUCAGUUUCCAAACAACAUUUACCUGCCAAAAGAUUAUGUCACUGUGCUGUCAUUGCCUGGUACAUGACCUACAGUCAGGGAGGCGAACUGCGGCCCAUGAGCCAUGCCAAUAGUCAAAAGAAAGA